UAAACAGUUAUGAUUAUGAUUUAUUAAAGUUCUAUAAGUGUGUUAUUUAUGUUUUUAAAUUUCGCGACAAAGUGACACCUGUGUUUAGUCAUUUGGAGAAUUGUUCACAGUGUCGUCCGAAUGUUACGUGCUUCAAAUCGACGUUUCUAUAAAUGUUAAAAAAUAAAAUAAAAAUGAGAAUGAAAAACAAAAAAUAUAUGAGCAUGAAAACUAAAGAGAAAUAAGAGUAAAAUAGGACAUAGAACAAUACUGCAUAACAUUGCGCGAUAGCGGUGUAAAUAAUUGUAGAUGAAAACGCUAAAAUGUUAUUUUGAGAAAAAAAAUUUGAUUUACGACGACGGCGAGACGGCGAGAGACGAAAUAUCAAUCAAAUAUAGCAUAUGGGUAUCGAUACAAUGAAGCCCUCAAUGAAGGUUGGAGUAGUUGCUUUAGUCGGCGUAUGUGUUAUCCUAUACCAGUACCACUUAUCAGCAGGUGUAAGAUUUGAUCAGUUAAAUGCUGGUGAUCCUGGUGUAUCUUACGGCGCUGCUAAUGUUCCUAAUAAUGAGCUCGAGGACGAUGAUAAUAGUUAUAAUAAAAUUAUCGAAGAUAAGAUUCGGGCGGCAGUGCAGUGGGUUCAAAAUGUUCACGGUCUGAGCCCGGAUUUGCAAAAUAUCUUAGUCGCUGAACUAAUAAAUCAAUUUCGAAAAACCAGAAUACCCUCGCCGUUGCAUUUAAAAGCGUCUGAAGAUUUCAAGCUCAAGCAACGGACGCAAGAAGUUACGACAAUCAAUCCAAGUGAAAAAAUUCCACCGCUUUAUGUAAUAACACCAACCUACAGAAGACCUGAACAGAUUCCAGAGCUUAUAAGAAUGUCUCAUACAUUGAUGUUGGUCGAAAAUGUUCAUUGGUUAGUUAUAGAAGACGCUAAAGUACCGACAAAGGAAGUUACUAAGUUUUUAAAUCGUACUGGUCUCAGAUUUCAACAUUUAACUGCACCAAUGCCAGCAAAAUACAAACAGAAAAAAGGUGUAAAACCAAGAGGUGUCUCUAAUAGGAAUCGUGGCCUCAAGUGGAUUCGCGCUAACGCAACAGAAGGAGUUUUUUACUUUGCUGAUGAUGACAAUACAUACGACCUUGAUCUUUUCACCCAAAUACGGAGGACAAAAAAAGUGUCAAUGUUUCCCGUGGGAUUGUGUACAAAGUUUGGGUUGAGCUCUCCGGUCGUAAAAGACGGCAAGUUCAGUGGAUUUUACGAUGGAUGGGUAGCUGGUCGUAGAUUUCCUGUUGACAUGGCAGGUUUCGCGGUCAGCGUUAAAUUUCUUCUCCAAAGGCCAAAUGCCACGAUGCCUUAUCGUGCUGGAUUUGAGGAGGACGGUUUUUUACGUAGUUUAGCCCCCUUUGAACCACGUGAAAUAGAACUACUUGGUGAUAAUUGCACGAGAAUACUAGCGUGGCAUACACAGACGAAAAAAAAUGAACCAAGUGCGGCACUUGAUAUGAAACUUUAUCGCUCAACAAAUCUUGUUGAAUUAAAACAACAAAUAGUAUGAUAAUAAUAAUCAGGCUUGAUUAUUAUAAAAAGGUUUUAAUAAUUUUUUUAAUAACUAAUUAUUACUGUAUCCGUAAUAUUUAGUCUCUCUGAUAACUGAUACGAGUGCUAAGCCACCAACUGCACUUAAUAAUGUGAUCCAGUGCCUACAAAUGACCCCUCUUUAUUCAUAUUUAUUAAUUUAUAUUAAUGAUAAUAAUAUUUAUUAGUUAACUUUUAAUAACUACUACAUAGUAUUUAUAAUUUUAGAAUUAUAAAUUUAUGAGGCUUGUAAUUUCUCACUCAUUUCAGUCUUUUUAAG